AUGGAGACCUCCUGGGAUGACGUGAACGUGGUGGCCCACUGGCUUCUCCAGCUGGGCCAGGGACUCAAAGAACACAUUGAGAAAACCAAGAGCCAGAUGAGAGACAUCUCCAUCAAGCUGAAAGCCUUCAAUGGCACAGUAGCCAACUUGGGCAGGGAGACCAAGAGCCUGCAGGAGGGUGGAGAGGCACUGAAGACCAGAGCCCAGGAGAUGGUGGUGAACGUGUCUGCUGAGGUGCAUGCAGGUGCUGAGGAGCUGAGGGCAGAGCGCCAGAGAAUCCACACCAGGAUGGACAGGCUGGAAGAGCGGGUGGAUGGAAUGCAGCAAGGACGGGGGCUGAAGCUGAACAACAGCAGUAACAACCGCAGUGAUUAUGCCAACUUACACUGGUUAUUGGAGGCACAGAAUAAACGGAUAGAUUACCUGGUGGACAGAAGGCAACAGGACAAACUGGGGAAACAGAACAUAUACCUUACAGGCACUCCAGAGCGAGGCAUGUAGUGUACAAUAACCCCUAUUGCAUGUAGGUGUGUGUACAAUAUCUGAUGGAACAUGUUUGUCUUUUCCCUCAGGUUAAACAGAGGAGAGUGAAGUCCGUUGUCAGGCGGAAACAUCAGGAAAUAGCAAUGAAGGAUUACACUAAAGGUGUCGCUUCUCUAACUGGUAAGCCUAAUACAUCAUAAUAGAAUAUGGACAUCAAGAACUCUGCAGGCUUUUAUUGACAAUUACAUGAAGUUGGUGCAAAGACUCAAUAUUUGCAGUGUUGACCCUUUCCAAGACCUUUGCGAUCUGCUCUGGCAUGCUGUCAAUUCACUUCUGGGUCACAUCCUGACUGAUGGCAGCCCAUACUUGCAUAAUCAAUGGUUGGAGUUUGUCAGAAUUUGUGGGUUUUUGUUUGUCCACCAGUCUCUUGAGGAUUGACCAUAAGUUCUCAAUGGGAUUAAGGUCUGGGUAGUUUCCUGGCCAUGGACACAAAAUCUCGAUGUUUUGUUCCCCGAGCCACUUAGUUAUCACUUUUGCCUUAUGGCAAGGUGUUCCAUCAUGCUGGAAAAGGAAUUGUUCAUCACCAAACUGUUCCUGGGUGGUUGGGAGAAGUUGCUCUUGGAGGUUGUGUUGGUACCAUUCUUUAUUCAUGGCUGUGUUCUUAGGCAAAAUUGUGAGUGAGCCCACUCCCUUGGCCAAGAAGCAACCCCACACAUGAAUGGUCUCAGGAUGCUUUACUGUUGGCAUGACACAGGACUGAUGGUAGCACUCACCUUCUCUUCUCCGGACAAGCUUUUUUUCCGGAUGCCCCAAACAAUCGGAAUGGGGAAUCAGAGAA